AUGCUCGCUGCUACCGCGGCCAAGUGUGCUUCGCUACUCCCGGACGAUGAUGAGGUGAGAGCUACAGGGGCUCGCCUGAAGCAGGAUGUUCUGCCUGUUAUAUACGCAAUGCUGGCAUCGAUCCCUUUCUUUCUCAUCGACGAUGUCGAGGGAGCCCUUAUCCGCUCUGACCGGAUACUCCCCGGCCCGUCGGCUGGAGGCCUCCUGGCCAUGUAUCCGCUGUACUUGGUUAGGAUGCAGAAGAGUGUCAUCACAAGCGACAUAGGCCGUCAUAUACGCGGGUGUCUGUCCUGGAUAGGCCACUGGCAGGGAAUCGGUCAGGCCAAGGUGCUGGCGCGGAACGAAGAAGACAUGUCGUCCGUGGCUAGUGCCCACACCGUUGUAUGGGCUGCCAUGGCGGUCUAG